UAUGUUAUGGUUGAGUAUUGCCUGCAUCGGAUAGAACUAUACCUUUGUAGGAUUUCAUUGCGAGAUUGGACCAUGGGUUGCUGUAAUGCCUUAAGAACCUAUUCAAGGUUUUUAAGACCAAAUCAGUUAACGACCAUCUUAAAUCGAAACUUUGGACAACCAGUAGCACAAACUCAUCCCCAUCUUCUCAAACAAGGGGAAGUUACUCCAUUUAUCACAAAGGAAGAAUAUAGCCAAAGGCGUCACAAUGUCUUCAAGCUUGCCUCAGAUCAGUUUGAAGGAUCAAAACGUGUGAAGGACCAUAUCAUGAUAUUCCCAUCAGCAUGUAGACUUUACAUGACCAUCCCAAUCCCAUAUCCUUUCAGACAAAACACAGACUUUUUCUACCUUAGUGGCUUCCAGGAAGCAGAUAGUGUCCUAAUCUUACAUAACAGUCACAAAGUUACCACCUCAAAUAAGACCCCAAGCUCCCAAAGUGGAAUGACAUCUGUGCUUUUUGUGCCAAGGAAGGACCCUCAUGCCGAGCUUUGGGAUGGGGAGCGAUCUGGCCCUAAGGGGGCAAUGGAAAUCACAGGGGUAGAUGGGGCAUACAACUCAGAAUGUUUACGACAAUUUUUACACGAUUACUCUGAGCACCAUUCUGACUAUGUGAUAUGGUAUGAUAUAGAGGGCAAGGUUCAUCCUCAGCUGCAUAGUCAGGGAAUUGAGGACUUCAUUCUGCAGGGAAAACAAAAAUGUGUGGAGACCACUUCACGGACUAUACACCGAACUAGGGUCAUCAAGUCACCAGCUGAGGUUCAACUCAUGCAAAAAAGUGUUGACAUUGCCUCCGAGUCACUUGAAGAGGUCAUGAAGUUUUCCUACCCCCAGGUGAAUGAGUCUUAUCUUGAAGCCAAGAUGGAGUUUGAAUGUGUACUUCGGGAUGCUCAGAUGUUGGCCUAUCCACCUGUUGUUGCUGGUGGUAACCGUGGAAAUACCAUCCAUUACACCAGAAAUAAUCAAAUAGUGCCUGAUGGGGAUAUGAUCCUGAUGGACGCAGGAUGUGAAUACCACGGCUUUACCAGUGACCUCACCAGGACGUGGCCUGUGUCAGGUCGGUUCAGUCCAGUACAGCGAUGUCUCUAUGAAAUGGUUCUGCGUAUCCAGCUGGAAGUUAUCCCCCUUUGUACACCAGAGUUCACUCUGGAGCAGGUGUAUGUGUACAUGCUUCAUCUGUUAGGAGAUGAACUUGUGUCUCUUGGUCUAAUAAAGCCUAAAGACAAGUCAUCAAAUCACGCAGAGGAGGUAAGAAAGUUUUAUCCUCACCAUAUUGGCCACUAUUUGGGGAUGGACGUACAUGAUACCCCGACUAUGUCACGACACACCAAACUCCAGCCGGGCAUGAUCAUCGCCAUAGAACCAGGUGUCUAUAUUCCUACGGAUCGCACCAGUGUGCCAGAGCAGUAUCGAGGGAUUGCCAUACGGAUAGAAGAUAACUUGCUUAUCACAGAGUCUGAGCCCAUCGUCUUGUCUGCAAAGUGUGUGAAAGAUCCAGAUGAAAUUGAAGAGCUGAUGGCCACCAAAUCCUGAGACUCACAAAUACAAGAAAAUAGCGCACCUCCAAAGAAAGCUCUCGUAGAGAAAAUGAAAAUGAUUUUGCAUACCGUGGUCAAUGGAAGAUGUUUUGUGAGAUUUUAUGGACUGGAAAAAUUAGAAAAUCUAUGUUCAGGAUUAAGUUGAAAAUUACUUUUAAACUAAAUAUUUGAACAUCAUUCAAUUCAUAGAGAGUGAACAGAAAUAAUCAGCAGUGAUUUCAUGAGUCAAUGAUUAAAAUGACUUGCAUGUUUCUAUACCGAGUCCAAUAUGUGAAUAAUUGACUAAUAAUGAUAAGAGUCAAGGCACCCAAACCAAUUCAAAAGUCUUCAAAUUAAGAACCCACUGUUUAAAUUUAACAUUAUUGUGUUACAUUGUAUUUGAUAAUUUAUAAUCUAUUACAUUUUUGUAAAGGUAUAAUUGUUCUUAGAUUUAAUCAUUACAUGAUGGAUUGCUUUGUGAAGUGGAGUCAUGUUUUUGUUUAAGCGAUUUAUUUUUGGUCCAGUAAUUUGCAGUACAAUCUUUGACUGAUAGCAAAGGUACUUAGUUUUGUAUUCAGUUCAAAAUCAAUGCAACAUGAUUUCUAGUCCUCGGCUCCACACCAGGCUGCAAUGUGUAAUAACAAUCACCAACAGUAUUAGUAUAUUUUUAUAACUGCUGUGUCCUACAAAAUCCUAUGCUUCAUAUCACUUACACCCCAUACCAUCUGUGCCAAAUAAAAUAGGAAUGCAGUACCUUCCACUUGAUUGCGUAACACUUAAUAGGGUAUUUCGUUUAUUGGGGUAAAUUCAAAAACCAAAACCAUUUUCUCUUAAAUCAUGUUUAAAAAAUUGUUUAUUAUAAUUGGUUUGGAAAAGUUGUAUUUUUCGGUUAUUCGACUUCGACAAUCUAACCAAAAAAAUGGAUAUGCUCCAAUUUUAAACAAACAAGGAACAUAUAUUUUGAGAACAGAAAAUAUCUUGUGUUUUAUAUGGACAAUUUUUAAACCACAUUAUAUGGACAAACCAGUUUGUUAAUGUUUAGCCCACAUCUAACUUUUCAGUGUUUACAAGAUGUUCAGAUGCUAAUACAGGCCUUGAAAGUCUUUUUCAAGACUUGUUUGGGAGCAUCCUAAAAUCACUAGAUCUAUUCUUAUUUCACAAACAACUCUGGUCCAAUAUGUUACUUCGUAAGUUCUGCAGGUGAUAAAAUAAUUCUCAAUUUUCCAGAUACCAAACUGUAAAUUACAGAUGGUCCAGUAGACCUAUAUCUGACUAAUUCAAUCCAACCUCUGAUUUAAGUAUUACUCUGGACCACAAGUUUUAGUUAGCAGGUUUACUGUAUUGAGAUGUUUAAAAUUAAACAGCUUGGACAUCA